UGAAAUCUGAAACAUAUCAUUUACAGAUCAUGUCUCCUUGGAUUGCAGUUAUUCCUAUAAUCUUAUUCAUCCUUACUCUGAUAUUUAUCAUUGUUUUGUAUUUCUCGAUUCCAUCCCGAAAAGAUUUCUCUUUGAAAAAGAAGCAUGCCGUUGUAACAGGUGGUUCAAAAGGAAUCGGCAAACAUCUGGCACUGUCGCUCAUUUCGCGUGGUUGCAAUGUUUCUAUAAUAGCAAGAAACGAAAAAGAUCUGAAGGCUACCUGUGAAGAGCUACAAGCAGCUGCGGAUCAGCGAGGUUUGCAGCAGAAGGUUCGGUGGUACUCCUUGGACCUAACAAAGGGCUAUAGCGAGGUGGAGGAGGUGAUACAUCGAGCUGAAGCUGAGCUCGGUCCUGUGGAUGUCCUUAUCAACAAUGCAGGCGGAAGUGUUCAGGGUCCAUUCCACCUACUGCCUGUCGCCGAUUUUGAAAACCAGAUGCGUCUCAACUAUUUGAGCGCGGUGUACGCUACCCGAUGUGUUGUGACCAAUAUGAUGGCUAGACGCUCCGGUCACAUAUCUUUUGUUUCAUCAGCUGCUGGUCAGUGUGCCAUCUAUGGGUAUACCGCUUACUCUGCGACGAAGUUUGCUUUAAGAGGAUUUGCCGAUGCUCUGCAAAUGGAACUCUUCCCAUACAAUAUCAACGUAUCUGUGUUGUAUCCCCCUAAUACGGACACUGAAGGAUUCAAGUUGGAGACGCUCAACAUGCCUGUAGAAACCCAGUUGAUCUCUGAUACUGCUGGUCUUUUCUCACCUGCGCUAGUUGCGGAAGCUCAUGUGAAGGACAUCGAGAGCGGUAAUUAUUGUACAGCGAUAGGAUUUGAAGGAUGGAAUUUGAGUAUGCUCACCGCUGGAGCAUCUCCUGAGCGUAAUAUGUUCAGAUGUUUAGCUCAGAUUUGCCUUGCCGGGAUAGCACGUGGGUUCAUGCUGAUUUACAUGGGCUAUUUUUAUAGAAUUGUGAAGAUGUGCUAUAAACAACGAAAAGCCGAAGCUGAAGAACAACAAAAAUCGCCGACUGCCGAGCUCAAGAAAGCACUUUGAUAAAAAAAACGGCUAACCAUAUGUCAGUGCCUUCAUCUUAUAAUGUGAUUCAACAUCGUUCUUUAUUCCCUACAGUUGCGAAAAUGAGGAUCUGCUUCCGGAUGCAUUCCCUAAAAUAAGUAAUUGAAUACUCAUUUCUGAGUUGAACUGUGGCGAUAUCGUUUCUUUUGUUUUCAAUGAAGAACUACGAAUCAAAUUAUCUACUUACUGUUAGUCCAAGGAUGUCAAUUUUCGUUAAUAAAUGAUUUAUUCGGAA